GCAGUUGGUAAGGUAUAUUCGAGAAGUGCGUUAACUGGCGGAACGUUUGGCAUCCAAAUGAAGCAACAAUACAUAAAAGUUCACUUGCUGGCGGAAGAUUUGACGUUCACGUUAAACAGCGAUACAUUGGAUACUGAAACCAUGGAACCACGUCGUUGCUAUUGUGUAAUGAAGAAGCUCCUGCGUCUCAUGAAUGAAGACCCGGAGUUAUGUCACAAGAUAUAUCCCAAACAGGGUAGUGGUGGUUCAGAGGAACAAUCCGGGUCAACUGACGCCAACACUCAGACUGACAUGGGUAAUAUGUGCAUCUACACGAAAUUACAUCAGGAAUUAUUAAAGGAUUAUAAUGAAAGGGCUUAUCCUCAAUGUUCCCACGAAGGACAGUUCGACAUGGACCAAUUAGAGAUUACCGACAAAUUUUUGAGUACAAGCGUCGAAAAUGUUGUUGUUUACGGUGCCCUCAUGGACGAGGGCCGAACAAUUGAGGUGGCCGUUAAAAUGAAGUUAACACAAUUUGACGACGUCGUGGAAGAAAUUUCCGGCAUGCGAAAACUAAUACACCCAAACAUUGUACACAUUGUUGGCUUCAAUUUGGAACAUGGCAUCAUCCUCACUGAAUACAUGAAAAAUGGCAACUUACACAGUGCCUGCACUGAAGCGCAUGACACAAGUCAACUGUUCAAAUAUAUUUUCCAAGUGAUUAAUGGAGUUACUUUUAUCCAUGGGGAAAGAUACAUUCACAGAGAUUUGGAGACUUCAAAUGUAUUUAUUGAUGGUGAUGGCGUCUGUAAGAUUGGAGACUUGGAAAAUGCUGUUUUCAUGGGAGAUCGUUUAGAAUAUAUUGAAAAAGUGAAACCUCUACACUACCAUCAUUAUCCAAAGGAAGCAUAUGAGCAGCAAAAAUUUUCGUAUUGCAGCGACAUUUACAGUUUGGCAUAUUUGGUGAUGGAGGUUUUGCUGUCUCCCAAUGUCAAAGCUCCUGCAGAUAAAUCAUAUAUGAUGUCUGAGUUUGAGAAGAUUGCUAAUUCAGAAAGAUGCUCAGACAGUGUAUAUCAGAUGGUUAUGAAAACAUUAUUAUCUGAUCCAGAAGAGAGGCCAACCAUUGAAGAUUUUUAUAACCUCUUUGUAACAUAUAUUUGAUUAAUUACUUUUUUCUUUAAUAUUAUAAUGUUUUAGUAAGUCAUAAUUAUGUACUUCAAACAUUAUAAGAAGAAAGUCUAAAAGUAAUUCAUUUCAAGUAUAUUAUUUUCACGUACCAUAUUAGAUGUCUUCCUUUACAGAUAGUUUAAAAUAAAUUUAUGUGUAAUAAAA